UGCCCUGCGCCCAGUCUGUAUUGUGUCUACCCGUGAAGUCAGAGGGGAGAGAUUGAAUCCGUGAAAUAACCUCCGAUUGUUUGUCCUGGACUAGUUUCAAAACAAGCUGUGACAUGGAGGUCAGCGCUGAGGCCAAGAGGAUCAUGGUCGUGGCUCUGGGGAAACUGUACAGCUCCCGUAGCCAGCGUGGGGGUCUCCGUCUCCACCGGAGCCUCCUACUGACUCUGGUGAUGAAAUCCGCCCGGGACAUGUACCACGCGGCUCAGGCGACGGCGGAAAGCGUCGCACCAGGAUGUGAAGAACAACAACAACAUCAUCAACAAGAAGAAGAACACCCGGCGGCUCAGACGACCCCAGAGCCCACUGGAGCUCACGUGGAGUUCCAGGGUCCCCCUUCGCUUGUCCACCGGAGAGCCUCGGAUUUCGCCCCGACAGGAGCAGAAAACAAGGAGAAUCAGUGCCCGACUGGCCCGGCGCAACACUCGAGGAAAAGACGAGGCAAAGCAGCCGCUGAGCCGGACUUCCUGCCUUGCAAGAAAGCAAAACUUGAACAGGGAAACUGCUCUCAACAGCUUAUUGUAAACCCCGUCUUGGUGGACUACGCGAACUGCAGUAGUGGACUGGGAUCAACCCCAACCCCCAUGCCCCUACUGAGAGCCAUUGCAGCGUGUUGAAACCCUGCUAUAGCCUCGAAAUUGAAAGGCGAUAAACUUUCCCACACGGCCUACAGGAGCCUGAACGCGCCUACAGCGGGCCUGCCCCAGGGUCAGUUGGUUGAACGCUGGGGAUAGCGUGCCUUCAUGGGUAGUCAAGUCCCAGACGCUGACUCUGAACAAGCCGGAGCAUGUUAAAGGAAUCACGGAAGCAGCCAAGUCGGUGCGAAGUCGUCCCCAGUGACUUUUGACCUAAAUAUGGAGCCACAGCUUUCUGCAGGGACUGAGAUCAGCUGGUUGAGUCGGACCUACAGGAGUUGGUUCAUCUGGACCAUGAACUGCCUUUCGUAACAUUUACAAGAGUCUGUUAGGGCACUCUACUCAGCAAAUGUAACACUUUACGAGUGUGUAUGUGCUGAAUUCAAGUGGAACACAUUCAAUGACUGCAACUACCUCAGUAUUUAUUAAACUUUUUGUACUAUAAGUGAA